GUCCUCUUGUUUGGUUAUGUGGGGGUGUAUUUAAAGGGGCAGGGCCAGAAUUUGGAACAGAGGCAGGAAGUAAUUUUGUACUGCUGCAUCUUCUCUACAAAAUCUAUUCCUUUCUUUCUUGAGACUUAGCAGGAUACUCCAAACUUAAACUACCAUAAGAAUGCUCCCAUUUCAGGCUGCACCGGGUCAGUUUGGGGAAGAGGCCAGACAGCCGGGACUCAGAUGUUGGCGAGUGGAGAAAAUGAAGGCCGUUCCUCUGAAGUCUGCUGAGGUGGGGGCUUUCUUCAACGGUGACUCAUACCUUGUGCUAGAUAACCGGGGCGAUCAGGGAGCAGACCUUCACAUGUGGAUUGGUGAGAAAUCCUCUCGUGAUGAGCAGGUGGCCUGUGCCAUGUUGGCUACACAGCUGGACAACUUCCUUGGUGGAGAGCCUGUCCAGCACAGACAGGUUCAGGGUUAUGAAUCUCCAGAAUUCAUGACGCUCUUCCCCCGAGGGGUGAGCUAUAAGGAAGGAGGUGUGGAGUCUGGAUUUAGGAAAGCAGAUUCUGGAUCUGGUCCUGUUAAGCGGUUAUAUCAAAUCAAAGGGAAACGAAACAUUAGGGCCAAAGAAGUAGCACUAAGCUGGGAGAGCUUUAACAAAGGGGACUGCUUCAUACUCGACCUGGGAGAGACGAUUGUGUCAUGGAUCGGCUCUCAGGCUAACAUCUUUGAGAAGCAGAAGGUGAGAGAGAUAGCCACUUUUAUCCGGGACACAGACAGGCAUGGCAAAGCCCAGAUUAUCAACAUCAGUGAAGGAGAAGAGACACCGGAGAUGCUACAGGUUCUUGGUCCAAAGCCCGCGUUGAAAGAGAGCACUCCAGAAGAAGACACUCAAGCUGAUGCAUCAAACUCUGCCUCUCUAUACAAGGUUUCAGAUGCCACAGGGUCAAUGAAGUUAACCAAAGUGUCAGAUAAGAGUCCGUUAGCCAAGGACUUGCUGGUACGGGAUGACUGCUUCAUUCUGGACAAUGGGGCUAAUGGAAAGAUCUUUGUUUGGAAAGGAAGUGGAGCUAAUGCAGAUGAGAAGAGGGCCGCUCUGAAGAUGGCAGAUGAUUUUAUCAGUCAGAUGAAUUACCCCAAGAUGAAAACACAGGUGGAGAUUUUGCCACAGGGCAGAGAGACUGUUAUCUUCAAACAGUUUUUCCAAAACUGGAAUUAAACCACUCCAUUGCAUUGCAUUGCAUGAUCCAAAAAUAAGCCUUUUCCAACCAGUGAUCAAAGAGAGACUGUUUACUAAAAAAUAAAGACGCAGAUAUAAUACAUUAUAUAAAUGUAAUGUUUUAUUCAAUAGGUUAAGGUUUUAUUAAAGAUUGCAGUAAUAAUGCAUACAGGAGUGAAUGAGACUUUGUUAUUUGUAUGUGAACAUUUUUACUUUAAAAAAAGUGUUUGUAUUUCAUGAAUAAAUUUUUAAAGAGCUUU